AGUCUAGAGAGCGGGCCGCCCUCAUCAGAAAGCUAGGAGCCUGCGUCGACUGUCGCCGCAGGAGAGUUGCCUGCCACCCAAGCCACCAUAACAUGACUUGGGAAGACGUCGUAACCAAGUUUCACCACAGGCCGCACAGCCCGGCCGUCCAGGACAUUGCGCCCUCGAUGCCCGCCGCCCGGCCUCUCAGCCCCGCAACAAGCCUCAGCACGGCCCAGCCCGUCUUCACUCACGAUCCCCAAGAGAUGGACCUUGAUGCCAGCUCUGCGCCUAGCCACCAUCACCAGCCUGGCCGACCCCCCCUGAGCGAGGCUCGUAUCCGCACCCCUCUGCCUACUGGCCCCAGACUGGAAAAGUCGCUUUCCCUGCCGGGCAUUGAGAGUCUCAAAAACGAAAUGCAAAACAACGCUGCGCGCAUGCUCUCUGCCACUACUCGCGGCCGGUACAACUCGGUCCAGGCUCUUUUACUGUUCUGGCAAGAUGAUGAUGAGGCGCUAUCGGUCCAGAAUGCCGUCGGAGAACUAGCUGACGUCUUUGACAAGUACUAUCAUUAUACGUUUCAAAUCCAGGUUAUUCCUUCCUCUUCAGAGAGCUGUAAAAGCUCAUGGAGAUGGCUGUCGCGCAAACUCAACGACUUUGCCGAGGAGCGCGAUCAGCGUGAUGUUCUCAAGAUUGUCUAUUACAUAGGCCACACUUAUCUCGAUGCAAAUCGCGACAUGGUUUUGGCAAGCUCAAAAGAUGUUGAAAGAGCUUCCACUAUUCGUUGGAGCGGCAUGCAGCAGAUUCUCGAGGAGGCAUGCGCCGACACUCUCAUCAUUAUGGAUGCCGCGUAUUUCCCUCCGGCUAGAAUCGUAAGGCAGCAAGGCGUACUGGAAAUCAUCGCGGCCUCUUUAUCGGAAGACCACCUCACCGCUCUGGAUCGGUGUGCCUUUACCAGGGCUCUCGCUGAUCAGCUACGCACGCGUGCAGCGCGCCAGACGCCGCUUUCAGUGGUCGAACUACACUCGAUACUUCUGGCUCUGUACCCCAAGCUGGCUCGGGAUCGCACACCUGAGAGAGAAAUCAUAACGAGCUUUCCCGCCCCACUGCAUACCAUGAUGUCCGGAAAUUCCAGGCUGCCUUCGAUAUUUCUCUCGCCAGUUCAGCAGAGCAGCCCUCUACGGAGCAGCUUUUCUUACGAAAAUAGCCCCCAGCUACACUUGGCCAUCAAACUAAACGACGACAACGUUGACAUUGACAGCUGGAACGAAUGGCUACGAAUGAUGCCUGAAGGAAUCAAGGACAUCAAGAUUGAUGGUCCGUUUCGGACGACAUUCAGGUAGUCAUGAAUACGGGGUGGUGGCCCGCUGCUUACACGCGGCAUGCCAUUGCUUCGCCAAACAACACACAUACGGCGCAGUGGCUGCCUCAACGUGACCCUAUGCGCUGGAGCUGGUCUCACUAUCCCGCCGUCAUCUGUCUCACUUAUUUGCUUUUACUCUUUCUUUCUUUCCAUCUUAUUUUCAAGCUUGAAGCUGCCUCGGGCCAAGAGCGGAGGAGAUUAACAAUGAGGGGAACUGUUUCACAAAAAAAAAAAAAAAAAAAAAAGCGUGCGCACUCAUAUAUAUACAACCAUACACCCACUGAUGAGUCAAUGAUCAAAGUUUCACAUCAUGACAUUAUGUAGCGAAGAUCUUGGGAUUGGCAAUAGCUAGCCAUGAAAAAGUAUUGUCCCAUUUCUUGAAGAAA